AUGGCUGACAACAGCCAGCACCCUUUGUGGUGCAAACAUUGUGAAGUGGAGGGCCACUCCGUCAUCCACUGCCAUGCUCUCUACAAAGAGCUAACCGAUUUUGACGCCGCGUUCAAAAUGGCCCAGGGCCAGGCCUCUGACCCGAAAAAUGCCUAUCCUGUUGCCCAUUGGGGCCAGGGGAAAAAGAAGAAGGACGUGUCCGUUCCUGGCCUCGCCUGCCCAUCAAACCCUUUCGCUCGUCUCAGCCCGUGGGAGGCUGACGCCCUGGCCAAUUACCCCGAGGAACAAUGGGCAUAUUGGAUGCAGUGGGAGACCGACGCCCUGGCCAAUUACCUUGACCAGCAAUGGAUGUAUUUUCUGCAGUGGUAUUCUGCGUCGUCUCGUCAGAACUACACCGAAUGA